AUGCGCAUCUCUUGGUGGUUGCCCAUCCUUACUGCUGGCUCUCCUGAAGAGCUGUGGGCGGGCUUGCAGCACGCCACGGGCUUCUCCAAUGCCGAGUUGGCGCAUUUGGCCAAGGAGCUUCAAGGCCUCGAGCCGUCACAGCGGGAGCUUUGGCAGCGGAAGGUCCGCUGCACCUCUGGCACCUGCGCGCCAGAGGCGGCCUCACGACUGGUGGCAGGCUUGGGCGAGACUGGGCGCCUACCGGCGAGGGUCUUCGAGCUUUUUCCCGGCGACCCGUUGUAUGAGUAUUGGAAGGAGUCAGACCGCACGGGCUUCCACUCCUGGGUACACUUCGAUGUAGACGAGGAGGCAGAGGAAUCUCUGGAGGCUUUGAUCCCUGAGGGACAGCCCUUGGCGUCCAGCCGGCUCCAGGCAUCCAACUUCACCUGGAGAGCCAAGAGGCUCAUUCGCACCUUGCUGGGCCCUGCAUCCGAAACCUUCGGCAGUUUGGGGAGGUGCCUGGAGUGGGAUACCCCGUUUUACAUCAUCAAAGCCUUCGCUCGGCUGUGCUUCCGCUUUGACAUACUGCAGUAUGCGGACAGCAGAGCAGGCUUGUUCGAGGACAUGAAGGUCCACGCCAAGGGCACCAGGCUGAUGUCCCUUGAUGUGCUCCAUCCACCGUCGUGGAUGCCAAACGACUAUGGACUGGUCGUGUGCUUGUUUGUGCUCGAACACGUUCCAGACCCGCAUUUGGCAAUGAAGGGCAUUGCCAGCCUUUUACAUGCAGGUGGAUUUCUGCUUCUUGGCGCUCCUUUCGUUGAUGGAGUGCAUGGCUGCCCUGACGACUUCUUCCGCUACACGCCACGCGGACUGCGCAGAGUUGCAGAGGUGGCAGGGUUGGAGGUCCUCCUCGAGUUUAGUCCCGGCAAUGCGGCCGCCGCUGCAGGGGAGUUGAUGGGCAUGCGAUCCUCGUAUUGGAGCACUGAGGACUUGCUCCGAGACUCUGAUACGCAUCCGGUCAACGUGUUCCUCCUGGCAAGGAAGCCGCUUCGCCCAGGUCACAGGCGGCCGUGGGCCCGGCACAAUGCGACUCGCUGA